UAAAAAAAAAAAAGAAAAAAAAGGAUAUUAUUCAAGAUCGUCUCCUUUCCCCAAACCCCCGUCCACAAUCCUCUCUGCCGCGCCGGUGGAUUUACGGCAGAUCCCUAUCUCCGUGCGACCUCCGCCGCUAUGCUGUGGCUGAUGCCGUAAGCCCACACUUUCACCGCCUUCUCAAUAUACGCGUCUAUGGUUUCCAUUUCCGCCAUUUAACUUCCCGAUUCCGCCGACGCGGACGGACUCGCCAAGAGGAACGCCUCCUGCAAAUUCUGUUAGCAUACGUGCUUGCUUGACUCGAGAUUGGGAAUCACAUCGAUUACGGUUUUUAUAUGUACGGUUAUUGUAUGCAGUCGUGCUCCGGUUCAAAACCCUAGUUUUGAUCUAAGUAGUGAAUUUCAUCGGCCCUUUGUUCUCGGUGAAUGGACCGUACCUCGAGAUUUCAGAACCCUAUGUCUCUGAGCAGCGGGGGUUUUAACAAACCCCCGUCGAUUCAAAACGAAGGUGUUGGGAUGAAGCCCCUGCCGCCGAUGAUUCUCGAUCGAUUCAGGGCUAUGGUGAAGGAGAGAGAGGACGAGCUUAAGGUUUUUGGUGGUGGGGCACUAUUGCCCUUGAGCACAGAUGAAAUUGUGCGGAUUUACGAGAUUGUUUUGUCUGAGCUCACAAUGAAUUCGAAGCCAAUCAUCACAGAUCUCACUAUAAUUGCGGGAGAGCAGAGGGCUCACGUUGAAGGAAUUGCGGACGCCAUUUGUGCUCGGAUUAUUGAGGUUCCUGCUGAUCAGAAACUUCCUUCUCUGUACCUUUUAGACAGCAUUGUCAAGAAUAUAGGCAAGGAAUACAUUAAACACUUUGCUGCUCGCUUGCCUGUGGUUUUCUGUGAAGCCUAUGCACAAGUCCACCCUAGCAUGCAUCCAGCAAUGCGUCAUCUUUUUGGUACAUGGGCUACAGUCUUUCCAUUGAUAGUACUCCAAACUAUAGAGGCACAAUUGCAGUUUUCUCCUUCCAUGAAUCGACAACCCACUGGCUCAAGUUCAACAAGAGCUUCUGAGUCUCCUAGGCCAACACGUGGUAUACACAUAAAUCCUAAAUAUUUGGAAGUUCAGCCUCAUUUUGGACAUUCGACCAUUGAUCCUAUAGGAACUGAAGAACUAAACACAAUUGGCCGUUCAGAACUUGGAACUUCUGGUCUUGAGGCCGUAAAGAAGUCGCUUCCAUCAACUUCCAGGAUUAUGCGGCCUUCCUCUCCUUAUAAAAUUGGGCAUGUUGGAUCAUUUUCCCCAUUGAUUGAUGAAUUUGGUAAGGAUGGUUCUCCUAAUAGAAUUGCUUUCAGGACCUCACCAUCUCGUCCUGGGAUCAAUCCUGGGCUAAGCAGAGUGAUGGGGAAAGAUGAGGAUACACAUGAAUGGCGGAAUAGAAAUUGGCAGGGGAUUUCCAGUCAAUAUCCUAAAACAUCUGCUUCUCAUAAGUACGGCAAUGGGGCUGAUCUUAGUGGGCCUAGAGCUUUGAUUAGUGCCUAUGGAAUGGAUGAAAGAGAAAAAAAUUUGAAACGGAAACAUCCGGUGGACUCAAAUGGUGCUGACCAAAAGGCAGCUAUUAAGACAUGGCAAAACACAGAAGAGGAAGAAUUUGACUGGGAAGAUAUGAACCCAACUCAUCCACCUCCUAGUAAAUUGAUGUCAAAACAUGGCCUUACAACUAACCAUGCUGGUCCUCCAUUACCUGAUUACCGAGGCAACCUGUCCAAGUCAGGUCGUGAAUCAAUUAACAACUCUGGGGGAGUCCUGCCAAAUGCUGCUGGCUCAAGUGAUGUGCCGAGUCAGAUUCCUCCUAACAUGGCCCGAGAACCCUUGUCUUUCCCACAUCAUCAACCUCAGAGAAAUGUGAAUGUUGAAGCUGAUAGAAAGUUUGGCAGGCCUACUGAUAUUGUGCAAACAUUAGGUUCUCCAUACGACCUUCCGGCUCCUGAUAUUCGAUCAGCUGAUGAUGCAUCUGCACCAAUGGCUUGGGGUCCUACUAAGCUUGAGAGCUCACAUGCUCUGCCUUCACUUUCUUCUCUUCCUCAACAAAUCCAUACCAGAGGUCAAUUUGGUAUGAACAGUGCUGGCAAUAUGGGUGUUGACCAGAGUUUGAACAAGACUGUUCAUAAUGAGCAUCAUUUCAGCAUCACUGGGAGCAUGUCUCAGCUUAACCUACCUCAAAUUCAUGGUCAGCGCCCACCCAUAAAUUUGCAAAAUGCUUCCCUGCCAAAUUCAUUUAUGGUCCAAGGGUCUAGACAAAACUUUCCUUUGCCAUCUUCAGUACCCCCUCCAUCCAAUCCGAUGAUACGACCUCUCAAUUAUGGAUACAUGGGACCAAUGCAGGGUCCUCCAAUUUGCACUGCUUCAUCUAUUCUAAUUCCUGGUGGACAGCCAUCAAUGCCAAUCCAUAAUGCUCCUAACAUGCCAUUUAAUGUCCAUGGGGGAGCUGUACCCUCUCUACCAGGAGUUCCUCUUCCUGGUCCAUCUCAGCCACUACCUAUAGGUCAAAUUGCUCCCAACCCUCCAGCUGGGAGUGCAUUCACAGGUUUAAUUAGUUCUUUAAUGGCCCAAGGUUUAAUAUCAGCCACAAAGCAGGAUUCUGUUGGACUGGAAUUCGAUCAAGACAUGCUCAAGGUGCGACACGAAUCUGCGAUAACUGCUUUAUAUGCAGAUCUUCCUAGACAAUGCAAAAGUUGUGGUCGUCGAUUCAAAGACCAAGAGGAACACAGUAAGCAUAUGGAUUGGCAUGUCAGCAAGGACCGGACAUUGAAAAACCGUAAGACAAAGCCUCCGCCAAAGUAUUUUGUGAGUGUUAGUAUGUUGCUCAGAGGCACGGAGGCCGUGGGACCUGAGGCAGUUCCUGGAUUUUUACCUGCUGAGAGCACUGUGGAAAAGAAGGAUGAUGAAGAAUUGGCUGUUCCUGCCGAUGAAGACCAGAACACAUGCGCAUUGUGUGGAGAACCCUUUGAAGAUUUUUACAGUGAUGAAAUGGAAGAAUGGAUGUACAAGGGCGCUGUUUAUAUGUAUGCUGCAGCUGGUUCAACAGCCGGAAUGGACAGAUCACAGUUAGGACCAAUAGUUCAUGCUAAAUGUAGAUCGGACUCUCAUGAAGAUUUUGGAAAGGAUAAGGGGGAACCAACAGAAGAAGAUAGGCGAAAAAGAUUGCAAAGUUAGGAUUCUCGAUUUUGAUAUCUAGGUCGCCCUGUAGCUUUAACCUCGAGUUUUCUUAAGUUGAUUCCUUUUCUUUACAAAAUAGAUUCAUGUAAAUGUGUAGCGAAGAUGUAUGAUUAUUCCCAUUGUUCUGAAAGAGAGAGAGAGGGGUUAAACAGAAAAAAAGGAAAAAUCUUUGGCAACCUUUUAUUCUUAACACCAUUCAUUUGGUUAACUCUCGAAUGAUGGUUGCCGGAUUUGGAAAUUAGUUUCCUAUUUUUGAAUUUUCUCUUAACCGUUGAUUUUCCGGCUCUGACUGAGUUUGCAGUGUGGCUCCUGUUUUGCAGGAAGGUGUGGUUUUUUAGCUUUUUGUGUUGUGGUAAAGCAAUCUUUCUAUCUAUCUGGUUUGGUGUUGGGAGUUUGCAGUGAUGAUAUUGAAUGGAGCAAAUCCUGCUGGUUUGUUUUCGACUUUGUUUGCUUAUUUACUUAAAGCCAUUGUUGAAGUUGUAAUUUGACAUAAGUCUGUUUCUGCAUCUUUUCUUGUUCUGCAAACGAAAAUGAAGUGAUGAUAGAUUGGUUGGA